AAACUUGAGAGAGAGAGAGAGAAGUCCAACACAGCUACUGAAACAUGUCAGCUGUUGGUUAAGGGGGGCUGAAGAAGAAAAAUAGUUAAUAGGGAAGAGGUGUGAGAGACAGAGAGGCAGGGUCAGGGUGUAUGCAUGCCAGCACGAUGGAGAGACCCUCUUGUCUCCCACGGAGCAGCAAGAUGAACAGCUACAUCACCAACGCCAUCUCUGACUUCUUCUUCAAGUAUGAGACCCCCCGCCAGGUGCUGGUGCAGAACAGGAGAGUGGGGGUCGUGUGCCGAUUGAUUCAGCUGGGGGUCCUGGCUUACAUCAUCGGUUGGGUGUUUAUCUAUGAGAAAGGCUACCAGUCGACAGACACGGCCGUGAGUUCUGUCUUUACUAAGAUGAAAGGGGUGGGCUACACCAAGGUGGAUGGAGAGGAGAGGGUCUGGGACAUGGUCGACUACGUCUUCCCUGAACAGGGAGACUCAUCUUUUGUGGUGAUGACCAACUACAUUAUAACCAAAGGUCAGAAAAUGGGAAAAUGUCCUGAGCUCGCAGAACCCAGGUAUCUCUGCAACUCCGACUCAGACUGUGAAAGAGGGAUAAUAGAACGUACAGGACAUGGACAUAUGACGGGGAAGUGUGUGGGGAACACAACCAAGACGUGUGAGGUUGUAGCCUGGUGCCCUGUGGAAGAUGACCGCAAAAUCCCAGAUCCCGCACUUUUGAUGUCGGCAGAGAACCACACACUGUUCAUCAAAAACUCUGUCACCUUUCCAGCAUAUGGUGUUAAGAGGAGUAACCUUGUAGAAGGUAUCGACAAUCAGUACAUCAAGAGUUGUGUGUAUGACCCGACAACGUCCCCACUGUGUCCCAUUUUCAGACUGGGUGACUUGGUACAGCUGUCUGGCUUCAACUUCGCCACCAUAGCCAAAAUGGGCGGGGCGAUUGGUAUCGUCAUUGACUGGACCUGUAACCUGGACUAUGACCAGUCAAAGUGUAAACCGAUCUACACCUUCCACGGUCUCUAUGGAAAUCCCAAUGAGACAGACAUGGCUAGAGCGUCUGUUGGAUACAAUUUCCGGUAUGCAAAGCAUUAUAUGGAGGACAAACAGGAGAAAAGAACACUUCUGAAAGUGUUUGGGAUUCGAUUCGACAUCAUUGUUCGUUCAGUGGCCAGAAAGUUUGAUAUCAUCCCAACACUAACAGCUAUAGGGUCUGGCGUUGGAAUCUUUGGAGUGGCAACUGUAGUAUGCGAUCUGAUCCUUCUGUAUCUACUACCAAAGAGGGAGUUCUACAACAACAUGAAAUUCAAGGUCACAGAAACAGUAGAGCAGUGCGACAACCUGAGGCUGGGUAUAAACACGUUCAUCUAUUACAUCCCCGACGUCUAUGCAGGACCACAAGUCUCAGCCAAUAUAAUCCUACAACAUAAAGAACCUUUAGACGAGUUCUCGUCAGAAAAAUAAGUAUCCAAGGAGUGAUCCUACAAAGGGUAGAUUCAUGACUCUUGGGCUCCAGACAGCAGAAACAGGUGGAUCCGGCUCCUGCAGAACACAGACUCCAGGCUGUACUGCCAUGCAGAGGACACUUGGACAGGAAAAGACACUCUCUUCAGCUCAAUUAUUCAACUGCUAAUUAUUUAUACCUUCAAAUCUUGGCAACAGACCUCAAAUGAUGCUAUCUGUUUAGGAGAUAAACCGAGAUAAAUACAGAAUAUUAUUCUUUCAGAGACAGAAGCAGCCACCCUCCCUAAAAGCACUGUUCUCUCAACAUUGCAGAAUUAGCACUGUGUAUUAGUUGAGUGUUGGUUCAUUACCUCAAAGCGCCAUGGUUUAUAACUAAUUUUAGGCAGCCCUUCUACUUUAGGGGAGAACCACCAAUUUCCAACUUGAUAUGACCAUUAUAACACAGUUCCAUAACAUUUUUAUAACACGGUUAUAACAGCCCUCUACUUUAUGGUAGCACCACCCAUUUCCAACCUCUUCCAUCGGCACAGAGCCCUCAAUGUUGUCUUCACGAGACAACACUAGAAUGACUACUGGUGGGGUACUCCACUUUGAAAGACACAUAAAUAAUUAUGUAUUUUAGGUUAUAUCUUUCUCAUUAACAGUUUGCGAUUGCCACGUGAAUUCAAUAAACCAUGUUCUGAGUUUAGGUUAUACUCUUGCAUACCCUUUUACAGGUUACUUACAAAAUACAAAAUUAUUCAAAAAUGAUUAUAAUAAUUUUUAUUGUAUUUUAUUGUGUGUCUAGGUGUCUAGGUGUACAAAAAGCAUGCAAAAAUAGCUUCUGUAUAUAUUUGGUACAUAUUUACAUUGUAACAGCUGCAUUCAGUACAGGUGUGCCAUGCUUUUUUUGUUUGUGGGAAUUGACGAACCUUGACAAGUACAUUCAAGCCCCAUUCAUACCUGGUUCUAACAUGCAUCCUUCAUCCUGAUCUUGUCCGUUAUAAGUUCUGAUGAAAAUCAGUUCACAUUAUGUCUUUAAAAUGCCUACACCUGACUAAAAAUGUGGACACAAUAAUAAUGUGGAAGAGAUCAGGACACAUGACGCAGAUUAGCACCAGGUAUAAACAGGGCUUCAGAGAAAUGCGGAACAGUACAGACAUCUAUCAACACAAGAAACAGGACCUUUAACACAGAGACUGGACAAUCACAUAUGAUACAUAGCAGCGAUGCAAAAACCAUGACACUGUCCUAAUCUUAACAUUAUGUACACUCUCACUCCCACAGGCCUGUUUCAUCUGUUGAAGAGGAUUCCCUCUUUACCCCAGGUUGAAGGAAUUAUUAAUCAUAUUAAUUAGCAUAAACGUGUCAAUAUCAUCCAGCUCAACUCCCAAGACAAUGUAAUGUACCUGGAAUAAUAGACAGAAAGAAAGAGCACCUGAGUGCAUUUAGAAUCAGAACACAACACUGAAGUAAUCUAAUGACAUCAACAUUGCACUUCUGACACACACACACAUACUUGUACAUACACACACAUACAUUACAAAGGUGAAUACACCUUAGACACCGAUAAUGAUUCUUGCGAGUGCAGUGCUCCGGACAGACGUACAAAAAAAACUGUGUUUCGCUUUAGCAUCAUCGUCAACAUAUAAAGUGCCAUGUCAUCAGAGGGGACUUGAACAUGGCAGACAGCUGGUUCACAACAGGUGCCAUCUUUGUUCCGAUCCCAGCAGCCCUUCAGUUAGGAGAAGUUAACCCACAGACUGACCGGUGACUAAGACAAACCCUUAAAAGCUCCAUCAAAAAGCAACUACAUCCAGCGCAACACGAACAUAGCGUUCACCCUAAAGGUAGCGGGGAAAAAAGUAAAAGCAACAAAAUAAAAAGCCAUAACAGAUAACAAAGCAAGCUCUUCAUAUGGUUGAUUGAAACUCUGCACUUGAAAUUGCAUGUACCGGUAAUAGAAAUUAUGAAAAAAAAAAUAUAUUCACAAAGACGGAAGCACAAUUAAAUAUGGCUGCCGUAAUAGGUGAAACUGACGUGUAAAGGCAACAGCAGGGCAAUGAAGAAAAAGAGAAGAUGGAAUAAGUGAGUGAAAGAGAAAACACUAUCUGGCCUGGCUAACAGGGAAUGCAUAAUAAAGCUUUUUUCUUCCACUACAAUCCCUCUACCCAUUCUCUGACUGUAGCACCUAACAGGUGCACUGAUAUGUCCACCAGAGGGUUUACGAUGCAUCCAAAUUGGCACCCUAAUCCCUAUAUAGUGGCUAUUCCCUAUAUAGUGGCUAUUCCCUUUAUAGUUGCUAUUUCCUAUAUCGCAGCUGUCGACAAUGUGCCAUUCAAAGGUAACUUCCGAAUGCGCCGACAUCUGCCACGUUUACCAUGAAUGCAAUCUCAGCAAAUGUAGGAACAUUGCCUUUAAAAGCUGAAUUGUCAACACAGUGUGAUAAGACUGAAUCCUGGCCUUAGAGAGACAGACAGCAAUAAUACACAUCUCCCAAACACACAUCUACUGACAUCAGGUCUUCCACACUGCCUAUAAAGACUGCAUGACUAAGAUGAUAUGAUAGGAAACAGGUUUUGAAGUUGCAUAAAUUGUGUCCAUCAUUUCUAGGAUUGUGCACACAAUUAGUCGUUUUUGAAAAUGAGAGGCUCAAAUCACAGAGGCUCAAUUCAGAAGUGGCAUUGGCCCUUGUAUGUGCAUGUAUAUGCUGCCCUCCUAUAGAUCCUCAGUACCUAAUUUCAAUGGAGUGUUUUGCACAAUAGAAUUGCAUCAAGUCGGAAGAGAGGGAUGAAUGGACAUCACUCUACUGGGCCAUUCUCUGCCACAUGGGGAUUGUGUGGUGGUGAAUAGAUAGUUGUUGUUGUUCCUAAUCACCAUAUUGUAAUGGUCCCUGGAAAAGCGGUGGAAGAGAUCGCUGUGCUCUGACUGACAACGCGCUUUCAUAUACAGUACAAAGUGCCUUCCCCGUGCUUGGAUGACCUGAAUGAACUGCUACUAUUGUUACAUAAAAAUAUGUUAUGAGAAUAACACAAUUAUUCACAUUUAUUUCAUAAAUUAACCUUUUACUAAUCAAGAAACAGUACAUGCAAACACCAUUACCUGCUUUCACUUCCAUUUUGAAAUCGAGAAGAAUGUAUGAAGGACAAAUAAACCAGCUUACUGCUGUGCAAUCUCACAUGCAUCCCUAUCAAUGAAUGGGCCAAUUUCCAAUGACGUUUUUCUGAAAUUGAAAUAAAACAUUUACUUGGUUCUGGAAGGGUGAUUAAUAGGCUGCAUAAAUAUGAUUAGUGUUCCCCCUUUCACAAUUGUGGGCUUCAAAUGUGUUUUAAGGAGGAUAGGUUGCUGCUUCUUGUCAGAGUCUAGGAGACAGGGGAGAGAAACAGGCUUGCUUCAUCCUACUGCCUGAGAUUUAGAGAAACAGCCCUCUAAUUCUGUACCCUACUAAAAACAUUAGAGAAUGAAGGGGAGACGAUUAGAGCAAGGAAGAGACCAGUCCAUACAGACACCAAACCUUGGGACCACAUCACCCCCAACCUCAAACUCCACUGGUUCCCAGUUCAAUACAGGAUCAUCUUCAAAAUACUCACAUACCUUACUGACCUCCUGCACCUCUACACUCCCACCUGUUCACUGCACUUUUAUGACAUUGGCCUCCUAACCAUCUCUCACACCAGGCUCUGCUUCAUGGGAGACAAUGCUUUUAGCAUUGCAGCCCCUCCCCCCCAACUCUGGAACUCCCUCCCUCUCCAUGUCAAAACCUGACAAUCCAUACACAUAUUCAAGUCCACACUAAAGACACACCUCUUCACAUGAUCUGUUGUCUUAGAGAUCCCUCACUAGUUCACGUCCCUAGUUAGUGUCAUCCUGUUUAGUUUUUUCCUGGUUAGUCUGUCCUUAUGUUCGGCGUAGUUGUAUAAUACUUACUUAUUUUAAUGUAUGAUUUUAUUGCUUUUAAUCCUGCUGAUUAUCUUGU